CAAGUCUCGGUGCCGCCCUCCUUCCAAGCACCGCGCGCAGCCUGUAGGCUUUCCAGGAUGGAAGGGCAUGCCGAAAUGGAGACGCUGAGGACACUGACGGGGCCUGCCACAGGCGAGGUCAGCGUCCACCUGGUGGCCAGAGACAGCCCCGCUUCUAGCCCCCACCUGCCCACUACUGCCUUCAUCAUCCCAGCCAGUUCGGCCACUAUCGGCCUGCCCAGCAGUGCCCUGGAUGUCUCCUGCUUCCCUCGAGAGCCUAUCCUUGUGGGCGCCCCGGAGCGGACGGCGGGCAGUGAACCCGUCACGGCUGCCGUGCUGCCUCAGCUAAGUGCGGGGCCAGCAACCAGCUCCAGCGCCAGCACCUUGCGGCUCCUGGAGUGGGCCGAGGCUGCGGCCCCUCCUCCUGGGAGUGGCCUGCGGUUCCGGAUCAGCGAGUACACGCCACUAGCCACGGUGGGAGCGGAGCAGCCCCCGAGCCCCGAGCUGCAGCGCGAAGGCGUGGCCACAUACGCAGACGGCGGGCCCUCGGCGGGAGGGGGCGAGGCAGGCACCCAGCGGUCGGCUGACCUCCCCCUGGACCCCCUUGAAGUUGGCUCCCAGGACCCCCCAAAAGAGGACCCCACCUGUCAGUGCCAGGCGUGCGGGCCUCAGCCAGGCGCCGGCCCGGAUCUUGGUUCCAGCAAUGCGGGCUGCACGCCGCUGUUCCAGGAGCGGUCUGUCAUAGUGGAGAACUCCUCCUCCGGGCGUGCCAGCGCUUCGGAGCUGCUCAAACCUAUGAAGAAGCGGAAGUGCCGGGAAUACCAGAACCCAUCCGAGGACGAGUCGGAGCCAGAGGUCCCGGAGAAGCAAGAAGAAGAAAAGGAUCCAGAGGGACAGCCCCCCACUAGCACCCCAGAGAGCGAAGAGUGGAGCAGCAGCCAGCCUGGUACGGGUGGGAAGAAGGAAGGCUGGUCGUGGGAGUGCUACCUGGAAGAGCAGAAGGCCAUAACUGCCCCUCUCAGCCUCUUCCGGGACUACCAGGCGGUCACCCAUCACAAGAAUGGCUUCAAGCUGGGCAUGAAGUUGGAAGGCAUUGACCCCCAGCACCCAUCCAUGUACUUCAUCCUCACUGUGGCCGAGGUGUGUGGCUACCGCCUCCGGCUGCAUUUUGACGGGUAUUCGGAGUGCCACGACUUCUGGAUCAAUGCCAACUCCCCUGACAUUCACCCUGCUGGCUGGUUUGAGAAGACUGGGCACAAGCUGCAGCCCCCCAAAGGUUACAAGGAGGAGGAGUUCAGCUGGAGCCAGUACCUGCACAGCACAGGAGCACAGGCUGCCCCCAAGCAUCUGUUUGUGAGCCAGAGCCACAAUCCCCCACCACUGGGCUUCCAGGCGGGCAUGAAGCUGGAGGCCAUUGACCGCAUGAACCCGUCCCUCAUCUGCGUGGCCAGCGUGACCGACGUGGUGGACGGCCGCUUUCUGGUGCACUUUGACAACUGGGACGACACUUACGACUACUGGUGUGAUGCCAGCAGCCCUUACAUCCACCCGGUGGGCUGGUGCCAGAAACAAGGAAAGCCCCUCACCCCUCCACAAGACUACCCGGACCCUGAUAGCUUCUCCUGGGAGAAAUAUCUGGAAGAAACCGGGACCUCCGCUGUGCCCACCUGGGCCUUCAGAGUGCGACCUCCCCACAACUUCCUGGUCAACAUGAAGCUGGAGGCUGUGGACCGCAGAAACCCAGCCCUGAUCCGUGUGGCCAGCGUGGAGGAUGUGGAGGAUCACCGGAUCAAGCUCCACUUUGACGGCUGGAGCCACGCUUACGACUUCUGGAUGGACGCCGACCACCCCGACAUCCACCCCGCAGGCUGGUGCUCCAAGACCGGACACCCCCUGCAGGCUCCUCUCCGGCCCAGAGAGCCCAGCGCGGCCUCCCCUGGAGGCUGCCCCCCUCUCAGCUCUAAGAGCCCGCCACACACUAGGACCUCCAAGCACAGCUUUCAUCAGCGGAAGUGCCCGACUCCUGGUUGUGAUGGCUCGGGCCACGUCACAGGCAAGUUCACAGCCCACCAUUGCCUCUCAGGCUGCCCGCUGGCCGAGAGGAACCAGAGCCGGCUGAAGGCGGAGCUGUCUGACUCGGAGCCCUCGGCAAGAAAGAGGAACCUGUCGGGCUUCUCCCCGAGGAAGAAGCCCCGCCAUCCCGGCCGGAUUGGACGUCCACCGAAGUACCGGAAGAUCCCGCAGGACGACUUCCAGGCGCUUACCACGGAAGCCAUGCACCGGUCCCUCUUCAUGUCGGCCUUGUCCACGCACCCCGACCGUUCCCUCUCUGUGUGCUGGGAGCAGCACUGCAAACUCCUGCCCGGAGUGGCGGGCAUCUCAGCCUCGGCGGUGGCCAAGUGGACCAUCGAUGAGGUCUCCGGCUUUGUUCAGACUCUGACGGGUUGUGAGGACCAAGCGCGACUCUUCAGAGAUGAGAUGAUUGACGGCGAGGCCUUCCUUUUGCUGACACAGGCGGACAUUGUGAAGAUCAUGAGCGUCAAGCUGGGACCAGCCUUGAAGAUCUAUAACUCCAUUCUCAUGUUCAAAAACGCCGAUGACACCUUCAAGUGACCGACGCGGCUCGGGCCAGGCCCUCCUCCGCUGCCCUCUGGAGACGAUGGCUUCACACAUCCCAUCCGAGCACCCCCACCCCCAUCCAUGCCUGCCUCCCACCUGACUUGGUCUCCUCUCCAGGGCUGCGUCCUAGAAGGCGCAUGGGAGCAGAGGAGACCCGGGAAGGGGCAGUCGUAGGCACUGAGCCCUGCGGAAGGCUCGCGGCCAGCAGCCCCAGAGGUGAGGCAGCAGUGGGGCACAGGGAGCAUUACUGACGGAGAAAGUGGGCAGCGCCCUGCCAGUGGCAACCCCCCCAUCUCUAGCUGCCUUGUUUCAUUGCCACAAGGCUUAGCGGUCAAGGACGAUGUGGUAGAGCCAGAGCCCUCUGACCAAGGCCCCGUUCUCCUAUUCUUUCCUUUCUCCUUCCUCAUCCCACCAGCCUCCUUCCUCUCCGCCUGCUGGUGU